AUUCGUCAAAGUAAAAACUGAGACAGGUUCACUCUCGUUUUCUCUGUAUUUUCUAGGGUUUUUCGUGUUCCUCUAUCUUCGAUUCACCUUAUCUAGGGUUUUCGGUUCUUUUCUAACCCAAAUUUGCUCUAUUCUUCGUACUCAGCAAUUGGAUUCCCUUCCAAUUUUUAUUGUCUCUUCAGCUGGGACAAUCCUUUCUGGUUUUGUUUUGGGUUCGUCCACGUUUCUGAUCUCGUCGCAAAAGGUCAAUUUUUUUUGUUCGAAAAAAGUAUUUCCUUCAACCCUGUUGAGGAAAGAACUGUGAACAAUGCCUCAACGAACAGUGAAGAAAGGUGCUGCGGCGAAAAGAGCGAAGACCGCCCUUGAAAACAACAACCAUAAUGACAACCUUGGGCAAGAGCCUGAAACUGCGGAAGCGGUUGUGAAUAAUCAUGAAGAAGAAGAAGAAAACAUAGCUAAUGAUGAGAAAAGUGUUCUUUCGGAUGAGAAGCUCGAUGAUGUGAAGAACAAAGAAGAGGAGGUUAAGGAGUCCAUAGAUGAAUAUGAAAAAGAUGAACAGUUAGAUUUUGAGGAUAACUAUCCUGAGUAUGAACCUUUAGAGGACUAUAACGGAGUUGACUAUGAUGAAAAGGAAAUUGAACAAGACGAGCAUCAGGAGGUUAGAGAUGAAGUAGAGGAAGAGUGUGAAGUAGUUGCAGGAGAAGAUGAUAUUUCAGGUGAUGAAGAAAUUGAAUACGUUUAUGAAGAAGUUGAGGUUGAUGAGGAUGAUGAGCAUAAUGAUGAGGAACAUGAUCAUUCGUCACGGAUGGCUGAUGCGGAGCAAAAGGAGCACCCUGAAGGUGUAAAUAAGAGACACAAGCAAAAGGAAUUUGAAGUAUUUGUCGGAGGCUUAUAUAAGGAUGCUACUGAGGAGGAUCUGAGGAAGGUUUUUGGUGAAGUUGGGGUAAUUACUGAAGUCAGGCUGAUGAUGAAUCCUCAUACUAAAAAGAACAGAGGAUUUGCCUUCUUGCAUUUUGAAACUAUUGAACAAGCUAAAAAAGCUGCAACAGAGCUGAAAAAUCCAGUGAUUAAUGGCAAACAAUGCCGUGUUUCUCCUGUUCAAGACAAUGAUACCAUCUAUUUGGGUAAUAUAUGCAAGACAUGGAAAUUAGAAGCUCUAAAAGAUAAGCUGAGACAUUAUGGGGUUGGAAAUUUUGAGAACCUGACUUUAGUAGAAGACAGUAACAAUGAAGGAAUGAACCGUGGAUUUGCAUUUUUGGAUUUUUCAUCUCGUUCUGAGGCUAGGAAAGCCUAUACACAACUGCAGAAGAGAGAUGUUGUGUUUGGAGUUGAUAAGCCAGCAGAGAUUUCAUUUACAGACUCCUUUAUUGACCCAGUUGAUGAUAUUAUGGCACAGGUUAAAACUGUAUUUAUAGAUUCCCUGCCUCCUUCAUGGGAUGAAGAUUAUGUCCGAGAUCUUCUUAAGAAAUAUGGGGAGAUUGAAAAGAUUGAGCUUGCUAAAAACAUGCCAGCUGCCAGUAGGAAGGAUUUUGGAUUUGUUACGUUUGGUACACAUGCUGCUGCCGUGGAAUGUGCUGAUAGCAUUACCAGCUCAGGAUUGGGCGAAGGUGACAAGAAGGCAAAAGUUAAGGCUAGAUUGUCAAGGCCUCUUCGGAAAGGCAGUAGAAAACAUGUUAGCCAUGCGGCCUACAGUUCUGGUCGCAAUUCUGGAAUCUUAUCAAGGCCUUCAAGAGCCAGGCCUGCACCACGUAGUCUUCCUGCUCGCAUGGUAAGACGAAUUGAAAGUCAUGUUCCACCUGGUAGGCCUUUUAGUGUGAUGGAUAGACGGCCUGUUAGUGUGAGAGAUAGAAGACCUGUUAUGUCUAUGUCACUGAGAUCAAGGCCGGUGUCUCAUCUAGCCAGAUCCUCUGAGAGGAGAUUGAGUACAUCUGGAUAUCCAAAAAGUAGCAUGAAGAGAGACUAUGGUCUAUGUGAGGAAUUGCCACCUCCAAGAAGUAGAGUUGCUGUAGAUUAUGGGUCUAGGAUGUCCUCUCAAAAACACCUCUCCUACAGGGAUUAUCCAGCCCAUGGCUCUCGCUACCCUGAGCUGCGUAAAGGUACGUCUCGUACUUCAGCAGCUGCACCUAUGAGAAGUUAUGUGGAUGAUGGCUAUGGCCAAAGAUUUGAGAGGCCUCCUCUUUCUUCUUCCCAUUUUAAUCACCGUGAAGGACACUCCCGUGAUUAUGAGACACUGUCGGGUUCGAAACGUACUUAUUCUGUCAUAGAUGAUGCCCCUCCUCGAUAUGCUGAUACUGGUGCUCGCCAGUCAAGAUCACGUUUGGACUAUGAGUAUGGGGGUAGUAUUUCACAAUAUGGAGAUGCCUAUGGCGAUAGACUUGGAAGAUCUAGUCUGGGCUAUAGUAAUGGCAGGAGUUCUAUAUCUACUCGAGACUCUCAUGGAAUGUAUAGCAGUCGGCAGAGCACAAGUUACAGUGCAGGUUCUUUUGGUGGAAGUGAUCGUGAUUUGUACUCAGCAAGUUAUGGUGGUGAUUACAUAUCUCGUGGCAGUAAUGCUGGUGGCAGAUCAUAUUCGUCAAUGUAUUCCAGCAGGGGUGUGGGUGGUAGCAGCAGCUAUAUGAGUGGUAGUAGAUCUAGGUCGUAUUACUGAGGGAGUAUGACUGGCGAAGAUUGCACACCUGGUCACUAGUAAAUUUGUCGAUGAACAGAUCUAUGUACAAAGAUAAAGCUGCUGGUAGGAUAUGGAUUUCGAAGCUUAUGCACAUUAUGAUGCCUAGUUGGGGACUCAUUACAAAAUGAACGUCAUGUCAAUUCAGGCUAUCUUGGAGCUUAUUUGGACAUAUCAUAAGUUAUUUAGUUUAUGCUGUAAGUACUGAAGUUAACUAGAACUGGAGACCGGAUGCUGAGUACAUGAUGUGUAGUUAGGCUUCAUUUUAUAGGAAAUCCACUGCUAUAUGUUCUGUUGAUUUGGCCACAGAUCAAGGAUACUGAUGUUUCUUUAGGGUAAAAGGAUUGCUGGAAUUAUUUCAUGAUGUCAUACAGUUGGUUUCUUUUCCAUCACAACAGAGAUGAAUUAUUACUUUCAUAUUUUUUGCAAUCACCUGAUUAUGAGCAGCUGCGAACUCCUCAUCACUAUUGAGCAACCACAGGUGGUGGUUUGAGGACUAUUUAAGCUAUAAAUCAAGGAUAGAUUAUCAUAUCCUAAAAAGCAUGAUGCACUUGCAACACAUACCACUGCAGUGAUUCUAAGUUAAUGAUUUUACACUUAAGAUCAUUAACUCGAGCCCCUCAAUUCUUUUUCUCUCUAAUGCAAUUAUUUUCCACAGUCCAAAUGCAUUACUGUCUGUACAGCCUUUGCUCUAAGCUACAUAAUUGGAAAAUGCAACUUUGAAGUAUGUAUAGCAGCAGAAAAGGAUUGAUUAUAGCAGAGCAGACAAGGAUGAUUAUCAUCUGUUAUAGGUUCUGGAUUCCGAUAACUUAGUGAAGCUGCGGAUUAUUUUGCAUACCGCUCGAUUCAUCCAAAUCCGAUGCCCCAAUAGCAAACGUGAAACUAGCUAAAAUAUGUAGGAAUUUGUUCACAAUUUGGACUUGCUCCCUUCAUGAUUUUCUUAUGCUCAGAGGAGUUUUUGGUUUCCAACUAUUCAAAUUCCCGUGCCAUAUUGAGGUGUUAAAGCAGCAAAGACAAAUUUGCUAUUCAUAUUCAGAUUCAGAUUCUAAAGGACAUUCGAUUCUGGUGUCCAAAAAUAUGUGAAUCUUUGCAUGUGGAAUUGGUUAUGCAAAGCUUGAGAAGAUUCUUGAAUGUUUUCCUUUCCUUUUACUAUACUUUACCACUUUGUCCAUAUUUUCACCGUCAGUGUGCUUGAAUUAGCAUACAUUAAGCAUAAAACCAGAGCUUUGGUAAAACAAUUUCAUUCAAUGCAAUUGUAAAUUCUGGAAAAUACUGCUCUCCAGUUUUUGUUUCCCCAAUUGUUUUACUAUCUACAAUUGUAUAGAAAGGAGCUGUAAAUACAUAUAUUAUUGCUUCCUUUGUUUUAGAUCAAUAAUAUCACCAUUAAUAACAAUAAUGGAGGGUUUCGUGAA